UGUGAUCGUACAACAAGGGGAGUGCCAACAGUGUAGGUUGAAGGUGCAUUUCAGUUACUGGUUAAAUACGAUAAAGCACAUGUAAAACAGCAGAGAAUACCUAUUUACACAUUAGAUGCACGGCUGCUAAACUAUAUGGAACAGGGCAAAAGCUAGCAUUGCACUUUCUGGGGCCCAAGAUCAGGAAACAGAAACACCUGGAAGUAAAAUGUCACUAAAUGGGAGAAAUUGGAGGGCUCUCUCCAGUCUGGCCCGUCAGAGAUCGAUGGAGGAUGAUGAGGAGUUUGAGAAAGCUCGCCGUCGCCGCGACAGAAUGAGCAGCUCAGUCACACACUGUGACAGUAUUUCUGAGGAGAACGAAAAUACAUCUGUGAUAAGAACCGAGGCUGACGAGCAAGACAAAUCUUCAGUGUUUGCACAUUCGGAAGGUGAUACCAUUGAGUUUACUGAAAUGCUGAGGAAGAGACAAGAGGACAAGAGGAGGUACCAGCAGGAGACUUUGGAGAGCUUGAAAAGUGCAAAGUCCCCUGUGGAAAUGUGUGAGGAGGACAGGACAGGGAAGAAGGAGUGCACAGAGGAGAGCAGGGAGCCCGAGAGGAAAGAAGUUCUCCCUGAAACACGCAGGACAAGUUCAGAAGACAGCGAGGAAACCGAUAGGAGAACAUUGAAGCAGGGCAGAGAGAUCAGCGGCAACAUAGACAGAGAGAUCAUCAGCGGCAACACAGACAGAGAGAUCAGCAGCAACGCAGCUAGAGAGACCAGCAGCAAUGCAGACAGAAAGACCAGCAGCAACGCAGCAAGAGAGACCAGCAGCAACGCAGCAAGAGAGACCAGCAGCAACGCAGCUGGAGAGACCAGCAGCAAUGCAGAUGGAAAGACCAGCAGCAAUGCAGCAAGAGAGACCAGCAGCAACGCAGCUAGAGAGACCAGCAGCAACACAGCUGGAGAGACCAGCAGCAUUGCAGAUGGAAAGACCAGCAGCAAAGCAGCUAGAGAGACCAGCAGCAAUGCAGACAGAAAGACCAGCAGCAACUCAGACAGAAAGACCAGCAGCAAUGCAGAUGGCAGACGAAACGAUUCCACUUCUGAAAGCUCCUCCCCUCUCAGCCCCUCUCACACCACACGGGUCUUUAUAAGUUUAGGAAAACCCAAGGAGCCAAUGAGCCCCAAAGUGACCAGCCCAGUGGAGAAGGAGCGAAAAUUCACCAAACAGCCUUCUGUCGAACCUUUCAAUUGUCAGGCAGGAGGGGCAGAGAUGAGCAAAAGUCAGAGCGAAGAGCAUCCGAAAGAGGGUGAGGAGACGAGACAAGGGCACGUUAAGAGAACAAGAAUCAACAGAGUAAGAACACAGGAUGAAAAACAAGUUUCAAGUACAGUCACACACGUGCAGUUUCUGCAGAAAGAAUCAGAAGACGUUGAUGGCUGUUCAAACAAUGUCCCCUUCCUACGUGGAUCUUCAAGGGCUAUAUCUUUCAGAAUGGUGAAACCAGAACCACCAAACCAGUCACUCCAGAGAAGUGCGAGUAUGAGGAUUUCAUCCAAGGGAGUUUCAACAAACAAAGACAGAGUUGACCAGUACGUCAAGGCAAUCCAGAAGAGUGGCAGCCUUAAAUCCAAGACUGAAUCUGCUAAAUAUUUGCCUUGUCCAUUAGAGGGCAUUGCAAGCAAGCGAAAUAUGUUUGAGAAGGAGAAUAGCCAAGACAGAGGCAAUUGGAGCCCAUCAAUGAAGAAGGAUAUCAGACCAGGAGACGUAGCUAGCAAACGUAAUCUAUGGGAGAACAGAGCUGAUUCUGUCGAUAAGAACUAGUGGACGGAAAUGAAAAGGAUCUCACAGAUCAUGAUUCGAGCUGAUUUCAGAUGAUAUGAUUAUUUUAUACGUAAAUGACGUUCCACAAGUGCGAUCAGGCUACACUGUUCAGCAAGAGAACAGUUGCAGGAACAGAAUGUAGUUUGCUACUAAAAUUCAAGUGCUUUCUUGACUGUAGUUUAAGAUAUAAAUCAAAGGUUUUAUGCUGAUUCAAAUCGAAUUUCAAUUUCAGCCAGAAAUAAAAGCCAAAAAAAGGGCAAAUAAACAAUGGGGUCUGAACCUGUAAUAUACGUAACUAAAAUUUUACACUUUUGUAUGUUGAAGAACUUAAUCUCAUUUCACUUCUUGGCAAAUAGCUUCUGAUAAAUAAACUAAAUGAAUAAAUGCCGUCUUGUCCUCCAAUGUCUGAGUGUUAAACUGUGAUUUCUUUCGAUUGUAUUGCAGCUUGUAAGGAAAGCAUUUUGUCAAUCAAAAUAUUUUAUAUGGUUGUAUUGCUCAAUACAAAUUUAUCAACACGAAACCGCUUAAAGGCUGACCGCAAUAAUAAUAUCCUGCAUUUGGUUUGGUGCCUUUCAUACCAGGAGGACAUCUCAAAGUGCUUCACGGGAUGUACUGUAAAGUGUAGUGACUGUGCACUUUGUAAAUGAAAAUAAACUAGCCUUCUUGUUCUGUU